GGGAAGAAAUUGUCCAGCCCAGGGAGGAAGUGGGUGCUGAUAAAAGGACCCUCUGCAAUGAAGUGUUUCAAGGGGAGAGGGGAAGAUCAGGCUGUACAAAGCACCGAUCAAACUAAGUUGCUCUGGGAGAUGAGAUGCAAUGUAUGACCAGUCACCUCAGAAACCGAGUGGGGUUGUGACCUGGAGGGCGCUUGGAUGAAAGCACAGAGACAUUCGGGAACUUCUCCUCGGUCCUGCCCCCAAGGCCAAGACCAAAAUCCCGACAUUUUCCCACUCUCCCCAUCAACAUGGAGGAAAACUCCCUUCAGGCAAGACCCUAGCCAGCUGUCGAUAGUGGAGAAGCAGGGUUUGGUCAUCCCCAAGCAACACUCUUCAUACCUGAUAAAGGCUGAUCAGAUGAAGUUAAUGAUGCAGAGCAAGAAGGCUAGCUCACGCAUGCUUAUCUCAAACUUCCUGAAAGCCUCUCACUGUCUGUACCCACCAAAGAUAAAAUAUGUGGACAACGAUCCUGAGAUCAACAUGUGGAAGAGGAAAAGGAUGCAGGAUCUCAUCGGGAGCUUGGCUUCUUCUGUGGAGCAAGAGCAAGUCUACACAGCUCAGGCCCUAGGCUGCCUGGGAGAAACGAAUGAGCUGGUCCUCUCUGCACUGCAGAAUGCUCUACAGGUAUGCAGGAGUCUGCCCGUGCGGUACGAAGUAACCAGGAGCCUUGUUUUACUGGGGUGCCUGGAAGCUGCUGUCGUGCGGGAGCUGAUCGGACAGCUGAAGCGGGGAAGCCCGAUGCAGAGAACGGACAUGCUGGCUGCUCUGAGGGUGGCUCUGCAUACAUGGGCUGCAGCCCCCGAGUUCCAGAGGAUGCUGGUGGCUGCCCGGUCCAGACUCAUCCAGAUCCUCGAGCAACUGGCAUCCUCACAGGGUCCCACAGAUGAUUCCAGCUUCUCUGCAGCCGCCUGCUUGGCGUACCUGGACUCUUCCAACCCCACCGCCCGCGAGACCCUGCAGAGGUGCCUGGUGCUGGCGGACAGGAAGAUGAAGAUGCAGGCUUUGAUUCUGCUGGUCAGGUACAUGAAGAUAGCCAGUGCCACUAUCAUCCAGGCCCUUCUAGAUCAGCUUUGCCAUUCUCCAGUUUACAAGUAUCGUGCCGAUUCUGCCAGUUUGCUGAGCUGCAUUGGGCUAUGGCGGAUCCAGCAGGAAGAUCUGGAAGAUGAGGUGUUUAUGGUACUGCUAGAAAAGCUGCACUGUGAGCCAUUUCUGGUAGUCAGGCAGAUGGUGGCAAUGACUGUGGAAGUUUUGCACAUGAAGGAACAGGUGUGGGAUAUUGUGGAGAACCAGCUGAAAGAGAAGUGCAAGAUGAUCAGAAGACAGGCCGUUGCUUCAUUGGGUGCCCUUGGUCUUCCCAAUAAGCAGGUGUUCUUUACCCUGCUGGAGAUGCUGGAGACAGACAGCAGUGAGGCGGUCCGCAUACAAGUUAUCAAGACAUUUUCCAUCCUGGGGAUGAACAAAAGACAUGUGUUGAAGAGCUUGCUGAUGAAAGUAGACCCAAAAGGGCCUCUAGGCAGAGAAUGUGUGAAAGCCUUGAGAGGCCUCCAGAAAUCUCCCAGCACCCAAAGAGAUCCAACGCUCAGAGACUAUGAGAUCUCCCAAGAGGUGGUGACUGGAGUGUCGCCUCUAGCAUCCUGCGCGCUCAGAGCAGGCAGAUGAUGUGGAAACAAUGCACAGGGAUUAAAACAGCCUUUGCCAU